AUGAGUUCCAAUGCGCUUAGUGGUGGUUUAGACAACCCUUGUUUCGUCAUCGACUCGUCCGAACUGUCGAUUCAAUCAUCACAAGAAUUGGAUACGCAACAUAUUCAGAUCGAUUCUGGGGAUGAUGAUGCUCAAGGGGAGAAUUUUGAUUGUGCAUCAUCUUUGUCCAACGGCAGUGAAAAUGCUCCGCUGGAACAUUUGGAAAACUUUCUAAGCGAUGCUCGAUCCAGCUUGGACGAUUCUCCAGUUGCUGCCCUAAGGAGACUUAGCGUGGUGAAAUUUGAUCCACCUGAAGAGGGUUACUUAAGAUACAGAUCGCCAAUAAUAUGGAAACUUGAUCGUCUAAUGCAAAGCUUUCCAGUCAACCUUCUGACCACUCUUUGCAUUUUGUCUGAUCUCGGAGUUGUAGUUGCAGACGUCAUCGUGAACAGUCUGGUAUACCAGAUAGAAGUUUCAGGAAGCGCUGACAGCAUCACAAAUGGAUCGAACGUCAUCUAUGUACGAGAUAACUACGUCAUAACGGAUUUCGUUUUAUCUGUUUACUUGCUUAUUGAGCUUCUUCUACGUAUCGUCGCUGUAGGAUUAAUCCCUUUUGUUCAACAAUGGCACAAUGACUUGGAUGCCUUGGUGACUUUUUCGACCUUCAUUUUCUCCUUGGUUGAUUUGAUCGUUGAUGACACCCCGACAUCCAACGGCUUACAAUACCGGCUGCUGCAAACCGCUAGAUUGUGCCGUCUGUUCAGAAUCGUGCGCGUAUUCAGAAUUUUUACUAUGCAGAGGCGCUUGGCCAAUGCUGCUAGGCUAAUGGUCUCUAGAAACAAGCGCAGAUACCAGUACGACGGAUUUGAUUUAGAUUUAACAUAUGUCACAGAUAAAAUCAUUGCGAUGAGCUUCCCAUCUUCAGGAAAAAUAUCCUUUUAUCGGAACCCAAUGUCUGAAGUCGUCCGACUUUUGGACACAAAACAUCCAAAUCGCUACAAGGUUUACAAUUUAUGCAGUGAGCAUAGCUACAGUCCGUCCUAUUUUCAUGGCAGAGUUGCAAAUUUUCCGAUUGACGAUCACAAUGUGCCAACUUGUAGGCAAAUGAUUGAAUUUACUACGAGUGUUCGCAACUGGUUAGAAUCUGAUCCCAACAACGUGAUUGCUGUUCAUUGCAAAGGUGGAAAAGGUCGCACGGGAACCAUGAUAUGCGUUUGGCUUGUGGAAGCGGAACUGUUUCUGAAGGCAGAGGAUUCUUUGGUUUACUUUGGAUCACGCAGAACCGAUACCCGAUACGGACAUUCGUUUCAAGGCGUGGAAACCCCUUCGCAGUGCCGAUACGUACACUAUUACGAAAGGAUCAAAGAAAGCGGAGGGGAUUUACCACCAGAUAAAAAAGUCCAUCUACGAAAAAUACGGAUGGAAGGUAUUUCACAGCUGGGAAAGGGGGACGGCUCAGAUUUUACCGUUGAAGUUUAUGAUAACCGAGGCACAUCUCCCGUGUUCCAAGCUGAUUUUCGGAAACAACAUUGCUGCCAGACUAUUUUCCUAGCAAGAGAGGAAGCCGUCGAAUGCUUAUUAAGCAAGGCACCACCUAUUCAGGGGGACGUGCAGAUCAUAAUCCGUCAUCGAUCGAGGAGCGUGCCUAGAGGCUACAUGAAUGCUGUUCUAUACUUCUGGUUCAAUUGCAGUUUCAUAGAUAACAACAGUGGAAAAAUGGGAUGCGUUAUGGAUUCUUUUGAUGAAGCAAGUGAAGACAUAAAAACUGAACACACUGUUAGGAAACUAGGCGAUCCCCGUGUUGUUGUUGAAGAUGGCAAAAUUAAACUACUGCGUGAAAAAGACAGAGAAUAA